GGAAAAUGUUUGUGAUAAAGUCUGUUAUCUAGAAACUUAACUAGCGUUGAAAAUCCUCUCCUAGGCCCUUUAACUUUCAGCUUAUUUUGUAUUUACCUGUUUAUUUUUUCACAGUGGGGUGUUUAUUUUCCAUGUACAGGUGAUGGAGUAGAUAUUUAGAAGAAAGAGAGAGAAAGGGAGAGAUAUAGAGAACAUACACGAACAGAAACAACAAAAGAAACAACAACAAGGAAAAAAAAACCUCUCUCAGUGAAUCAGUGAAAGAGAAAGAAAGAAAGAAAUAAAACAACAAUAACAACGAUAGUGUGAAAAAGUUGACGCACCAGUAAAUAGGAAAAAACAAUAGUAACAAGAAUAAAAAAAGAAACAGCGGCAGCCUCCGUAUGAAAAGCAGUCACAACCCACAACCGCAACAACAGCACCUCUGAUAAACCUCAACAACCACAACCCCGACGUAACCUUACAACCCCGACAUAGCAACCUCACAGCCCGAGAUAACAACAACCGCAACACCCUAAUAGCAAUACCACAAGCACAACAACAACCACGCCUCCCCUCCCCCCACCCGCCACCCCCCGCCGCAGAGUCUUCAGGAUGGUCAACACGGGCGUGGGCGGCGCUGCAGCCGCGGGAGAGGGGGGGAAGGAGGGGGCGAUCGCCAGGACCCGAAGCAGCGCGUUCCGGAGGGCGCUUUCCUCCGUGGGCAUCGUCUCCAAGGAGGAGCGUCUGCUGGCGGCGGCUGACAGCGGCGACGUGUCCGCCGUCAGCACCCUGCUCUCGGGCGGCGCCGACGUCAACUGGCAGAACGACCAAGGGGAAAGCGCCCUUAUGUACGCGGCCUGGCGGGGGCACGAGGCGGUGGCGGCCAUGCUGCUGCAGCACCCGGCGACGCAUGUCAACCUGCAGGAUAGCGACGGGUGGACGGCGCUGAUGUGGGCGUCGCGCGGCGGGCACGCGGGCGUGGUGCGGCUGUUCAUGGUGCACCCCGACACGGAGCCCGACCUGGGCAACGGCGCGGGCGAGACGGCGCUCAUGAAGGCCUCCGUCUACGGCCACGAGGAGGUGGUGAAGCAGCUGGUCGGCUCCUACAGGACCACGGUGGACAAGCGGCACCCCGACGGCUCCACGGCCCUGCUGUGGGCGGCUGCGGGCGGCGGGGCCAGGUGCGUGGCCGCCCUGCUGGAUGCGGGCGCCAGCCUGGGCACCCAGGACCACGACGGCAUGGACGCGCUCAUGUGGGCGGUGUCGGUGGGGCAGCCCGAGACGACGGAGCUGCUGGUGGCGCGCGGGGUCGCCCUCGGCGGGAGGGACAAGAUCGGGCGCUCGCCGCUGCUCAUGGCCGCCGAGGCGGGCCACGUGGAGGUGGCCAGUGUCCUAGCGCAGCACGACGCCACGGACCUGAACGCGCUCACCAAGGACCGCGUGACGCCGCUCAUGCGCGCCGCCGAGCACGGUCACUCCGCCAUCGUCAAUAUGCUGUGCAAGUGCCACGAGACGGACGUCAACCUGCAGGACAACCAGGGGCGCACGGCGCUCCUGUUCGCGGCGCGCGCGGGCCACGCCGACUGCGCCUACAUCCUGCUGCACCACCCGAGCAUCAAGCCCAACCUGGCCGACCUGGAGGGCCUCACGCCCGCCAUGAUGGCCGCCUUCACGGGCCACGAGGACGUCCUCAGCGCCAUCCUGUCGCACCGCAAGGCUUCCCUCAAGCACAGGACGCGCACGGGCUUCACGGCGCUGCUCAUGGCGGCGCGCAGCGGCCAGCGCUCAGUGAUCGAGCGCCUGCUGGCGCACCCCGAGGUGGACAUCAACGAGAGCGACGGCCAGGGGCUGACGGCGCUGGCGUGGGCGGCCAGGAACGGCUCCGGCCACGUCAUCGAGCUCCUGCAGCAGUACGAGCUGCUUCAGCCUGACACGGCCGAUGCCGACGGCCUCACGCCCCUCAUGUGGGCGGCGCGCUGCAACCAGCUGCUCGCCGUCAAGACGCUCCUGCGCGACGCGCGCGGCGACACCGAGCUCAAGGACCAGCAAGGGCGCACGGCGCUCGCGUGGGCCAAGCAGCUCGAGAACAAGGAGAUCGAGCAGCUGCUGACGCGCUACGCCGAGCUGACGACGGAGCUGUCUGAUGACGCCGUCGACGACGCGUCCUCGGAGAGCUCCUUCCACACGCCGUCGCGGCUGCACCAGCGCUACAGCCACCCCGUCAGUGACAUGCAGGUGGACAACAUCGGCGAUGUGGUCAAGCUGCUGGAGAACGGCCCGUACGUCAACUGGCGCCAGAAGACGGGCAAGACGUCGUUCGCGUGGGCGGUGGCAAGCGGGCAGGCCGACGUGGUCAAGGUGUUCCUGCUGGUGCCCGGCCUCGACGUCAACGAGCGAGAUGAGCAGGGCCACACGCCGCUCAUGGCCGCCGCCCGCAACGGUCACCCGGAGGUGCUGCGCCUCUUGCUCAGCCACGAGAACGUCGGCUACAACGCGGUGGACUGGCGCGGCCGGACGGCGCUCAUGGUGGCGGCGGAGCACGGCCAAAUCCGCGCGCUCGGCGUCCUCCUCAAGUGCUCCGACGUCAGCGUCAACCAGCGCGAUACUCACGGCCACACCGCCCUCACCAUCGCUGCCGCGGCGGGCAUGGUCGAGAUCACCAACGCCCUGCUGCGCCACCCGUCCAUCGACGUCAACGCCCGGGCGGCCGGCGGCUGCACCGCCCUCAUGCUCGCCGUCAGGGCGGGCAACGACGACGUCGCCGAAAUCCUCAUCAACCACAAGGACACGGACGUCAAUCUGCCCGACGACGAGGGCGACACGCCCUUGCUGGUAGCAGCUGGCCACCAGGGCGCCGUGGAGGUCUCUCGCCGCCUGCUGCAGCAGCCAGGGGUGGGCGUGAAUCUGCGGGACCCGCAUGGCAGCACCGCCCUCAUCCUGGCCGCCAAAAACGGCCACCUGGAGUGCGCCAAGCUGCUGAUGGAGCAUCCGCUGGUGGACGUCAACCUGCGCGACGGCGAGGAGAAGACGGCGCUCAUCCACGCGAGCAUGCUGGGUCGCGAGGGCGUGGUGCGCCUGCUCUUCUCGCACCCCGACGUGGACCCGAACCUGACGUGCCGCGAGAACGGCUCCUCGUCGCUGCUGCUGGCGGCGCGCCACGACCACCCGCGCAUCGUGGAGCUGCUGUGCGCCCGCAAGAACGUGCUGGUCAACAAGCCAGACGACUUCCGCGCGAGCGCGCUCAUGCACGCCGUCCGCCGCCACUCGCGCCCUUCCGUCGAGGCGCUGCUCGACCGACCCGACAUCGACAUCAACCUCGCCGACGCCGAGGGGAAGACGCCGCUCAUCCGUGCCCUCGCCGACGGACACUACGACCUGGCGAUGCUCCUGCUGGCCAGGACGGACGUCGACGUCAACGCGCACACGCUGGAGAGCAAGACGGCGCUCAUGUACGCCGCCAUGUUCCCGGAAGGGAUGCCGGCGCUGCGCCUCAUGCUGGCCAACGCCGCCGUCGAGCUGAAUGCCACCGACGAGCGAUCUUGCACCGCCCUCCUGCACGCUUGCAAGUCCGGCAACGUGGACGCCGCCCUGGCCCUGGUGGAGACGAGCGGCGUGGACCUGGAGAGGAGAGACGACCAGGGCAUGACGCCGCUCAUGUGGACCGCCAUGCUGGGCUUCCGCGUGAUCGUCAUCGCGCUGCUGCAGGUCCGGUCCCUGGAGGUGAACGCCCUCAGCCCCGACGGCCUCUCCGCCCUGGGCCUGGCGUGCGAGGCGGGCCAGGUGGACGUCGUGCAGCAGCUGGCGAGCCACCCCGCCGUCGACGUCAACGCCACCAACUCGGGCCGCACGCCGCUCGUCGCAGCGCUCGAGCGCGCCCAGCACGAGAGCGUGCGCGUGCUGCUGCAGCACCCCGCCCACUCCCUGUCGCGGGCGGGCGUGCGGCCCCCGUACCUCCCGCCGAACCUGAAGGCGAUGGUCAACCUCUACAGAAACAACAGUGAGGUCCGCCACGCCCUCGUGCUGUGCGCGCCUCCGCCCUCCCUGGUCCUCGAUGGCGUCGGGCGGGCUGGCGAAGGGGGCGUCGCAGGCGGGGGUGAAGUCGCGUCCGUGCUCCUGUCUCUUCCUCGGCCGUUCCAGGUCAUCCAGCACGUGUUACGACGAGCAACACCCCAGUCUCUCUCGACCCAAGUACAGGACUUUGCUUCUAAGAUCGAUGCCAGUGCUCAAGGUGCAGCUGUACUCUACGUGAGCGGCGAGAUCCUAAUCACGCCCGCAGGCCCCGCCCUGAGCCUACCCGCCCCCUCCGCCCACGCCACGCCCACCAACGUCCUCCUCUCCUCCCUCAUUCACGCCCUCGCCCCCGCGCCCACGCUCAUCUUCCUCCUAGACGCCGUGGGUGUGAAAUUCGCCGAGGAUUUGCCUUCAGAUGGGCGUGCAGGCGGCCCUGGCCACGCCCUCGCUCUGCCGCCCCUCGCGCACCCCAAGAUGGCGGCGCUGGCGGGCGUGUCGACGGGCAAGAAGCAGGUGAUAGGGUCGCGGUGCACGCCCUUCAGCGCCGCCUGCGCGAGGGAAAUCAUCCACGGUGUCACCCUCCCUCAGCUGCACGAGCGCGUCAACCUCUUCCUCAGGCAGGAACGUCGAGAGGAAAACCCUUCUUCGAGAUCGAGAGCCGUUUUCGUGUCUAACAUGACGUACGAGUGGCUUUUCUAGGAGGAUUUUGGAGUCUAUCCUUCGUUUUUGGCUUGUCUUCC